UGAGUAUUCCUCCGCUAUCAGCCGAGGAGACUCAUCGAAGCUCUACGACGCAGUUCAACCAGCGAGAUAUCCUACUUUAUUCCGACAGUUUUCCAGUUUGACGCAGUCAAAAUGAAGUUCCAGUACAAGGAAGAGCACGUCUUCGAAAAGAGGAAAGCUGAGGGCGAAAAGAUCCGACGAAAAUACCCUGACAGGGUGCCUGUGAUUGUGGAAAAGGCGCCGAGAGCGCGCAUCGGUGACCUCGACAAAAAGAAGUACCUGGUUCCCUCUGACUUGACUGUUGGCCAAUUCUACUUCCUCAUUAGGAAGAGGAUCCACCUGCGCCCUGAAGACGCCCUCUUUUUCUUUGUCAACAAUGUCAUUCCACCAACCAGUGCCACUAUGGGAUCACUUUAUCAGGAGCACCAUGAAGAGGACUUCUUCCUCUAUAUUGCCUACAGCGACGAGAAUGUCUACGGCCAAUAAUAGAUGUGCUAUUUACAGCAGGGACAAACAUUGCGAUUAAUUUUAUCUCAAUCUUUUUUGUGAUGUUCUCGCUCUUCUAACUCUUUUAUUCUUUUACUUUUCUGUAUCUGUGCGCACGAGUGAGUCAUUGUUAUGAUGCAAACAAACUAUUUUGGGCAAACUUGAGUUUGUGUUAGAAGAAAUAGCUGUAGCACUAUACUUUCCUUUUUAAAAGAGAACCAUUUUUGACUUUUAAGAUAUAUGGAUGAUAACUAUACUGUUUCAUGAUAAUUCAAAUUUCUGUAUAACGAUAAUGUUGGAAUGGAGAAUCACGUCUGGUCUCAUCUUUGAGGGAUGAAAAUUGUUUGGAGUGUGGAUAUUGGAUCAUAUUAUCUAGUAUUUUGAUCUGGGGAUCAGAGAAGUUGAAAUAAAUGGAAAAAAAUCUAGUUAUAAGCUGCUGUAAAUUGAAAAUUGAAAAAUGUUAUAAAAAUGUAAAAAAAAGGUGAUAAAAUAUUGAAAUAAAAAUUCUAGGCUAAGAAAAAA